AUGGAUAAACGCUGGGCGCUGGUUUCUGUGGUUCUGGGCCUGCUUGUGAUGGCGGGGCCGGCGAUGGGGAAGAAGGAGAAGAUGUGUGACAAGGGAUGGGAGUGCAGGGGGCCGAGCGUCUACUGCUGCAACGCCACCAUCAUGGAUCUCUUCCAGGUCUACCAGUUCGAGAACCUCUUCUCCAAACGCAACGCCCCCGUGGCCCACGCCAUCGGCUUCUGGGACUAUCAGGCCUUCAUCACCGCCGCCGCCCUCUUCGAGCCCCUCGGCUUCGGCACCACCGGCGGCAAGCAGAUGCAGAUGAAGGAGAUCGCCGCCUUCUUCGGCCAUGUCGGGAGCAAGACCUCCUGUGAGUAAUCUACCCUUUCCCCUUGUUCUUCCAUGUUGGAUAUGGUCGUAGCUCGUUUUUAAAAGUCACCACAACGCAGUCGGGUGAGAAUUCUUCCUCCUUCUUGGUCUUUUUCAUGCGAUGAUUUCACCCUUGCAUGCUCUUUCUCGCCCAUAGAUUCUCCAUGCAAUGCAACCACAGAUCUGGAUGCCGCUCCUCUGUUUAAUCCAUUAAUUCAUGCGAGAGCUUCAAACCAACGACAAUCCUGAUGAAUUGCAUGAUUCCUCUGCCAUCAAGGAAGAUGGCAGAGCUCAUUGGAAGCAACUCUGGUCGAUCCUCAACUGCUGAUUCCCGCUUUCUAUGCUCGCCAGAUCUAUGAUCGGAUAUUACCAGCUGGAGAAGAAGAGUAUCAUCAAACCAUAUCUGAUCCAGAGUCCUCCAAGAAACGAAUGAUCUAUGGCGAAACAAGGAGAAAACGAUUCUCCCCAUCUAAUUUCUCCCUUUGGUUCCAUAAAUCCUCGCAUUCUUUUGACAUCAUGCUUCUUCCUUUGGCACAAUGUGCGCAAUAAAUUUUGCAAAUUCCGUGGCCAAUCUACCAUUUUCUGAGAUACCCACAUUGCGAAAAGUCGCAUUAUCCACCUGGGAUUGAUCAUGAAUGACUUGCUCGUAGGUGGCUAUGGCGUUGCCACCGGCGGCCCUCUUGCAUGGGGGCUGUGCUACAACCGUGAGCUCAGCCCCAACCAGGACUACUGCGCUGAAAGCUACGAAUACCCUUGCAGCCCAGGUGCUCUGUACCAUGGUCGUGGCGCGCUACCUGUGUACUGGUAUGAAUACAUACAUCUGCCUCUCCUCUUCCCCUUCUUGAACAAGAGCUUGAAGCUUCUUAACCCACACUAUCUGUGUUUUGUUCUGGACAAAUCCAGGAACACCAACUAUGGUGUCAUCGGUGAAGGAAUCAAAGUGGACCUUCUUAGCCACCCAGAGUACCUCGAGCAGAACGCCACCCUGGCCUUCCAGGCGGCAAUAUGGCGGUGGAUGACACCGAUGAAGAAGAAGCAGCCCUCUGCCCAUGACGUCUUCGUUGGCAACUGGAAGCCCACCAAGAACGACACCCUGUCGAAUAGGUUGCCCGGGUUUGGUGCCACCAUGAACAUCCUCUACGGCGACCUGGCCUGCGGCCAGGGGUUCGUCGACUCCAUGAACAACGUCAUCUCCCACUACCAGCAGUACCUCGAUCUGAUGGGCGUCGGCCGCCAGUUCUCUGGCGACAACCUGGACUGCGCAGAGCAGCUGGCUUUCAACCCUACUGGAAAAACUGCAUCCACCUGA